GCUCGUGACGCAUCAGAUUGAGCGCGAGCGGCAGUCUGCUCAGAGUGGAUCAAAGUUAAGUUAAACCUGCUCUGUUUGAUACUCACACACUCGAAAUAAUUAAAGAAGAAGAGGACAAUCCGAGAGAGACACCGUAAAACCUCUUAAAUGGUUGAAGGGAUUACGGCAGAAGUGUUAAGAGGUCAGGAAGCACGAUAGGGAAAUAUCACAGUCACAAUGCAAAUGGAUCAAACAUACGGAGAAGUGAAUCAGCUCGGUGGUGUUUUUGUGAACGGUCGGCCUCUGCCCAACGCGAUUCGGAUCCGGAUUGUUGAACUGGCGCAGCUGGGAAUCAGGCCGUGUGAUAUCAGUCGUCAACUGCGGGUCUCUCAUGGCUGUGUGAGCAAAAUCCUGGCCAGAUACAACGAAACGGGAUCCAUUUUACCCGGAGCCAUCGGCGGGAGUAAACCCCGAGUCACGACUCCAAACGUAGUGAAUAGUAUAAGGGAUUAUAAACAGGGCGAUCCGGGAAUAUUUGCUUGGGAAAUCCGCGACAGGCUCCUCGCAGACGGAGUUUGCGACAAAUAUAAUGUGCCAUCUGUGAGCUCCAUCAGUCGCAUUUUAAGAAACAAGAUUGGGAAUCUGUCUCAACCGAGCCAAUAUGACAGCAAACCAUCUCCACCUCAGAUCUCAUAUAAUCCCGUGUAUCCAUAUUCUUACCCGAACACAAUGUCUCCGACCGGGUCGAAACUGGGCAGCCCACCUGCUGUCAGUCUGUCCCGGGCCUGGCCCUCUGUCCACACCGUCACCAACAUAUUAGGAAUACGGGCUUUUAUGGACCCUGCAGCCAUUGCUGGAACAGAGAGUUAUCAGGCGAAAAUGGAGGACUGGAGCGGCGUUAACAGGCCUUCAUUCCCCUCCGUUCAUGGAGUCAAUGGGCUCGAUAAAACAGACACUGACAUUAAAUACAACCAGGCUUCAUCUAAUUUAUCCGGAUAUGUUCCCGCGUGUGCUUACUCUGCCACUAAUCAAUACGGCGUUUACGGUGCGGGAAAUUACGGACAUCACUGGCAGUCUCAGAGCGCGAGCCUGACCCAUCCAAACACCGGAACCAUGAUACAGAGCCCGAACCUGCACACAGCUUUAACCUUCAAACACUCGACCCGAAACGUUGCAGACAGAAAGAGUCCGCUGGGCAAACAUCAGCACGAGGCUCCGAGCAGUGUUCACAGCCUCGCGCUUCCCGCAUCAGAGUCGCAAUAACACCGAGACCAGCAAAGAAAUAAAUCCCUCCAUCCAUCCAUCCAUCUGUGAUGCAUGUUCAGUCUGUAAGUUAUGGAAAAAUAUAACACGAAUACACUAAUAGGAAAAACUGGGAUAAACGCUGUGGAUACCACAGAGUAUUUCUGCAAUAUUUGCAGUAGAUUUUUUGUUUUUAGCUAAAUAAAUGUAGUGACAGACUUGUUAUAAAUGGGUUUUCUUUGGGUUAUUUUUCUGUUAGUAAUGCAACAUUGUUAAAAUAAUGCAAAAUGAAAUGAAAUCUUUGUCUGUACACGUAUCUAUUUUUAUAAUGUCAUCUUUGCGUAAUAAAGGCA